AUGCCGACGCCAAAUUCGCGACCGUCGUCGCCCUCGCAAGCGGCUUCGACUCCUCGCCCGGUGCUCGCACACGUGCCUGCAAACCCGUCCGGCUUGCGCCAGUCGCAUACCCUCUCGUCGCCCGAGAACCCUUCGAUGAUCCUAGACAAUGCAAACAGAAGUCGGUCGCCAGAAGCCAUCCCGGACUCCAACGGCGGACAGUCCGAGCCCACCGUGCGCACCCGUCUCAUAGAACAGCAGAGCUGGGAUCAAAGACCCAAGUUCAUGCAACACUACGGCAGCACCUUCAGCACCGACUCGUACGACCCAAGAGAAGGCCUCGAGAGCGGCGCUGUGACUCCUCACAGCUUGCUCGAUGAAAGUAUCGACGGUCUCCUCGGUUCUGCCCCUGACAGCAACAUGAGCACAACUCGAUGGCUGGCCAAGCAGCAUGGUGUCAAGAGUGAGCGGACCAUGUAUUAUCAAUGGAAGUUUCUGCGCGGUGAUCUGAUUGCUGCCUUGACCAUGGCAUCUUUUUACAUUCCCAUGUCUUUGUCCUAUGCCUCAAACCUGGCCCACCUUCCACCUAUCAAUGGUCUCUACGCCUUUGUCUUCAAUCCAUUCAUCUACGCCAUAUUUGGUACUGUACCGCAACUGGUCGUCGGUCCCGAAGCUGCUGGCUCUCUUCUUACUGGUCAAGUCGUGCGUGAGAACAUUAGUUCCGGAAAGCACAGAGACAACGACUUUGCAAGUAACACCCAAAUCGCUGGAAUGGUUACUGGAAUCUCUGGCGCCAUCAUUUUGCUUGCUGGUCUCUGCAGACUCGGUUUCCUCGAUAGUGUUCUCAGCCGACCUUUUCUUCGAGGCUUCAUCAGUGCUAUUGGUGUUGUCAUCUUUGUCGAUCAGCUCGUACCCGAGACCGGCAUGACUGCACUUCUUGAACACGACCCUAGCGGUGCUGCACACGGCAGCUCUUUGACAAAGAUCGUCUAUCUGAUCAAGAAUGCAGACAAGGCACAUAGAUUGACUUGCGCUGUGUCAUUUGGUGCCUUUGCCAUUGUCAUGGUCUUUAGGCAGCUGAAGAGAAGCCUGCAGCCCCGUUAUCCCUCAGUGGCUUACUUCCCUGACCGUUUCUUGGUCGUUGUGUUCUCUGCCUUGUUUACAUGGGGCUUCUCGUGGGACAAACAAGGUCUCGACAUCUUGGGUGACCUGAAGACCACUGGCAAGCCUUUCCAGGUGCAUUUCCCAUUCCAGCCAUCCAUGAUGGAGCACGUUACCGACGCCUUCUCUACAUCAUUCCUUAUCGCUCUGCUUGGCUUCUUCGAAAGCAGUGUCGCAGCCAAAAGUCUCGCGAACAGUACGACAAAAAUCGAGAAGAAGGUUGACAAGGAUGGCAACGAGUACGAAGAGGCAGACGGCAUUGUCAACAUGAACGUCUCUGCUAACCGCGAGUUGGUCGCUUUGGGUGUUGCAAACAUCCUUGGAGGCCUGUUCAUGGGUAUUCCUGCCUUUGGUGGUUACGGAAGAAGUUUGGUGAAUAAGAGCACUGGCGGCAAGACGCCGAUGAGCAGUGUCUUCUUGUCCCUGAUCACCAAAGGCGUACUCGCUGCUAUGAUCUCAGUGGUAGCGUACUCGCUGAUAGAAGAAGCGCCCCAUGACAUCCACUUCUUCUGGUCGAUCAAGGGCUGGAAUGAGAUCAUCCUCAUGCUGCUGAUCUUCCUAACAACCUUCUUCUGGAACCUGCGCAUAGGCAUCGCCGUCGGCAUUGGCCUUUCCCUUCUGCGUCUCCUGAAACACGCCACUCGCCCACGCAUUCAAAUCCUCGGUCGCGUCCCUGGUAGUCGCAAUCAAUUCGAUAGCGCUGAACACGGCGGAUUAGAAUCCAUCCCUUACGUGCUUAUCGUCAAGAUCCCUGAGCCUUUGACCUUUGCCAACACAGGGAGCCUCAAGGAUCGAUUGAGGAGACUCGAGGCUCAUGGCACUAGUGCUGCUCAUCCUGCUCUGCCUCGCGUGCGCCACCAAGAGCAUAAUCGCAAUGUGGUAUUCGACGUUCACGGCGUGACAUCCCUGGACCCUGCAGCUGCCCAAGUCCUUCUCGAAAUCGUGACCGGGUACCGCGAGCGAGGCACGAGAGUCUUCUUCUGCAGAGUGCCCAGUCGCAGAUCUCAAGUAUGGAAACUCAUGCUUGCGAGCGGGAUUGUCGAAGUCUGUGGAGGCGAGUCACAUUUCACCAGGGGUGUUGAGCAGGCGCUCGAGAUGGCUGACCAUGAGGAAAGAGCUGAUAGUCUAAGGGAGGACGGCGAAAGUUUUGAGGAGCGUAGGGCGGCAACAACCUGA